AUGGAAGACGCUGUGCUGUUGCUGCUCAUGCUGUUCGUGCUCGUGAUGGCGUCGUACAUGCUCGGCCAGUACUCGUGCAUGCUCGUGUCGCAGAGCAGCUUCGCGCUCAUGUUUGGUCUCUUUGUGGGCCUCUUUAUGAUCGUCGGGGGAAAGCACGCGGCGCUCCACACGCACUUGAACCUCGACAGCAGUCUCUUUUUCAACGUCCUGCUGCCGCCCAUUAUCUACGAAGGCGGGUUCUCGAUCAAGCGGCAGGCCUUCUUCCGCAAUUUCCCAGCCAUCAUGAGCACGGCCGUGCUUGGCACUGUUGUUGCAACGACUGGCACGGGCGGCAUCUUGUAUCUUGCUGGCUUGGCUGGCAUCGUGACGGAGCUGUCGUGGGUCGAAGCGUUUCUCUUUGGCACGCUGAUUAGCGCCGUGGACACAGUGGCGACGCUCAGCUGUUUCGACAAGCUCAAUGUACCACCGCUUCUGUUCAACCUCGUGUUUGGCGAGAGCGUGAUGAACGACGCCGUGGCGAUCGCACUGUACCAGACGCUGAACAAGUGGGACGCGGAAAGCAGCUUCACGGCCAAGCAGCUGCUGCGCGUCGUGCUCAAUACGGGUGGCAUGUUCACCGGGUCGUUGCUCGUGAGUGCUUUUAUCACGCUCGGGGGAGCGUUCCUGCUCAACCGUCCGUUCUUCGCGACACUGCGCUACUACCCGAGCUACGAGAUCUCGCUCUGCUUGAUCUUCAGUCUGCUCACGUACUUUGUCGCGGACAGCCUGAAGCUGAGUGGCAUUGUCGCACUCUUCUUCUCGGGCACCAUGACGGCGCACUACCAUUUCAAUACGUUGUCGAGGGAAGCACAGCACGCGUUCACGCACUUGCUGCACACGUUGGCGUUCGUGUGCGAAAACAUUGUGUACGUGUUCAUGGGCACGUCCGUGGUCAUCAUCUUUGCUGGUCACAGUGAAGAAAAUGCCGGUGCCGCACUGCGCGUGGACGAUAUCGACUGGUCGUUCAUUGGCCUCACGCUUGUCGCCUGCAUCACUGCGCGCUUCUUCAACGUUUUCCCGCUACUGAGUCUGUGUAACUGCAUGCGUUCUCAGUCGAACCGGAUCCCGGUGAAGUACAUGAGCGUCAUCUGGCUCGCCGGCCUCCGUGGAUCAAUGGCUUUUGCUUUGGCCAAGAACUGGAACUACGUUGGUCUGCAUGGAGCAUCGCACCGCCGACUGAUCGAGUCGACGACUCUUGUGGUGAUCCUCAUCACGACAAUCUUUAUUGGCGGUCUCAUGGGUCCGCUGCUGUCGAACUUCCACCUCACUGGCAAGAACGGCGACCAGCCCGGCCAGUCGGACACAGACAGGGGCUCAACGACUGCAUCCGAGUCCGAAGAGACUGUGUCGCGACUGACCCAACGAAGCGCCCGUCACUACGACGGCGAGCUGCAUGGGAUCUUGGCGUUUCCAGAGGAAGAGCACACCACAACGAACCGCGACGAAAGAGGAAAUGUGAUUCCGAUCCUCACGUCACGGCCGCAGUUCCACGACGCCAUGGGCGACGACGCAGAGGACGCGGACGCGGCGACAUCUGCGCCUCGUACUGUUGAUCGACCUUUCGGCGACUCGCUGACCGGUGCGUUCUUCCGCAACUGGCAAGCGUUCGAUGCGACGUACAUGCAGCCGGUGUUUGGCGGUAUGUUACAGCGGCCCACUGUAGCGACAGCUGAGGACGAUGUGGCCAACAUGCGCCUUGAGAAGGCACGGGCAGAGAGUGCUGUGUAA